GGCUAACAUGAAUAAAGUCAACAUGGCCGCCCGACUGAUUAACUAAAAAACGUGUGUUGCAUGUGUUAAUUAAAGAUACUAAUUAAAAAAAAGAUUAUAAACUUCUAUUUAUUGUUAUAAUGCCGGUCGUUGGUGGUGGUGCUUAUCAACAAGGCCCAACUUGUUGGGACAGAAUAAAAAUGGGAUUUACGAUGGGAUUCUGUGUUGGAUUAGCUUCUGGAGCGAUAUUCGGAGGAUUCACUGCCCUGAGGUCUGGCAUGAGGGGAAGGGAAUUGGUAAACAACAUGGGGAAGAUAAUGAUACAAAGUGGAGGAACAUUUGGCACAUUUAUGGCGAUUGGAUCUGGCAUAAGGUGUUAGUACAGCAAGCAGAAUUGUGUAUAUUUAGCUAUAGGAGAAAAAGCAGCAUUUUCAAUCCAUUAUGACAUUUUUAAUAAAAAAAAGAAUAUUAACACGGAA